UGAAGAACGACAACGAGGACGAAAUGGUAGCAAACAUCGGUGACGUUAUCCCAGAUGCUAAAUUCAAGUAUAUCCCCUACACAGAGGAGUCUAUCGACGUCUGUGGCGUGCCUGUCACUCUGAACGCACACUCUGAGUGGAAGAACAAGAAAGUUGUCAUUAUCAGUGUACCAGGUGCAUUCACGCCUUCUUGCCAUAUGAAGCACCUUCCACCUUUCAUUGAGAAGGCACAGGAAAUCCACGAUAAAGGCGUAGACGUUAUCGCUUUCCUCAGCGCUAAUGACCCAUUUGUUCUUUCCGCCUGGGGUAAAUCACACAACAGCGACGGUUCGAUCAUUUUCAUCAGCGACACCUAUGCGGAGUUCUCCAAACAACUUGGACUGGAAGCCGACUUGACUGACAAAGGAAUGGGUCUUAGAACCUCUAGGUACGCCCUCAUCAUCGACGACCUCAAAAUCAGGUACGUCAAGAAAGAGGAACCGGGUCAGCUCGAAGUAAGCUCUGCUGAGGCUAUACUAGCAAACAUUUAAUCUGCACCGCUUUGUAAAUAUAUCCGUUGAUUUUUAUUCACCGCUUGGCGCGUAACAUAUGAUCUCAUAUUUGACUGA